AAAAAAACUAAAGGUACGUACGAGUCUUGGUCACGUCCCUCCCAAGAGGCUCUCGGGGGACACCGAGAGUAUAUUUACUGUGCACUGUAAUCUUCUCGUCUCAAUCGAGGAAAGACAAGCCGGACAGAGACAACAUGAAGAUGCAGAUGUUGGUGGUGGUGUUGGCUGUAGCAGCCUUGGUCCCCAGUCUGUCUGAGGGACGGCUCCUCUCCAAAUGUGAGCUGAAGAACUUGUUGGAGAAGGAGACCCUCAAAUUCAACAUGACUGGGGGAGCCGGAGUGACUGGGGGAGCCGGAGUGACUGGGGGAGCCGGAGUGACUGGGGGAGCCGGAGUGACUGGGGGAGCCGGAGUGACUGGGGGAGCCGGAGUGAAGAACCUGACAAACAACGAUUUUGUGGCUAAAAUCGUCUGCCACGUGGAGAAGGCCUCUGCUUUCAACACCAGUUUUGUGACUGCUUGGAGGGAUGAUGACGGCCCUGAUGUCCUCCCUACCCGCCCUGCCAAGGUUAAUGACCGCCAUCGCCCUGAGCCCCCUCCUAAGAGGGGUAAGAGACACGCUGGGGAUGAUGUUGACCCAACCCACCCUGUUAACAAUGAUAACCACCCUACCCCUCCUCCCCGCCCUAACCAUCCUACCCCUCCUGCCCGCCCCUAACUACCCUACCCCUUUACCCCUCCUCCCCGCCCUAACCAUCCUACCCCUCCUGCCCGCCCUAACUACCCUACCCGCCUUACCCUUCCUGCCCGCCUGAGCAGCCUCCUAAGAGGGUAAGAGACACGCUGGGAAUCACUUCAACUCAGGAGAGGAAAGCUCCAGCGAAGAAGAGACCAUGGGGACCCUCUACGGCUUGUUCCAGCUGAGCGAUCGUGUGAUUUGUUCCUCGGGCUCAAUUCCAUCGUUGAACCUUUGCCAGAUGAACUGCAGUGCUUUGAUUGACGACGACAUCAAUGACUUUAACUGUGUGAAGACUAUCAAACAGACAAUGGAAAGUGGUCGCGGUCAACAAACAAAGGCUCUAAAGAGAAUGAUCAACCUGCUCUUCCAGAAGGAAUGUGUUGCCACGGUGGCCUCCAGCUACUUCUCCAAGUGUUGAAUCCCCCGAUGUUAGACGACAAUCCCCCCAAUUUCAAAAAGAUCCGAAAUUGGGCUGCCUGUGUUAAUACAGCCAGUGUGUGUAACAAUUAGUUCUCAUCGGCUUCAUGUUCACAAAGUACACCGGAAUAGAAUGUAGCAUGUAGAAAGAAUAAAAAUGAACAUUACAUUCAUUUGGUUUGUUUCAUUAUCUGUUGUUGUUGAAUUGCAAAUAGCAGUUAAAACAAGGAAUACCUUUCCAUUAAACACUGGGAUAAACAGCACAUGCACUCUUCAAACAAGCACAUGGCCAUGGCUAGAAUGGAUACAGCUUUUGUUCCAAUUUAAAUCCAAAGGUUAUCUUUAUCAUUUGUUUUGCAUUUUAGCUUAACCCAAACUCUUUUCCUGUCCUUAAAGUAUUUGUUUUUAGCCUGGACACGUUAAUGAUCCUAACCUGCUAUGAAAUGUCAAAUCUGAUUUAAAGCUAUAUCCUUUUUUGUUGUUGUCAAAAUCUCAGCACAUGGCACACAGGACCCCAGUCAAGGCAGUCUUCCCACCUGGGUGUUUGGUUUGCUCUUUUAUGGGCUAACAGCAUAGAGAUGGACAGAGGUCACAACAGCAUAGAGAUGGACAGAGAUCACAACAGCAUAGAGAUGGACAGAGGUCACAUCAGCAUAGAGAUGGACAGAGGUCAUAACAGCAUAGAGAUGGACAGAGGUCACAACAGCAUAGAGAUGGACAGAGGUCAUAACAGCAUAGAGAUGGACAGAGGUCAUAACAGCAUAGAGAUGGACAGAGGUCAUAACAGCAUAGAGAUGGACAGAGGUCAUAACAGCAUAGAGAUGGACAGAGGUCACAACAGCAUAGAGAUGGACAGAGGUCAUAACAGCAUAGAGAUGGACAGAGGUCAUAACAGCAUAGAGAUGGACAGAGGUCAUAACAGCAUAGAGAUGGACAGAGGUCAUAACAGCAUAGAGAUGGACAGAGGUCAUAACAGCAUAGAGAUGGACAGAGGUCAUAACAGCAUAGAGAUGGACAGAGGUCACAACAGCAUAGAGAUGGACAGAGGUCACAACAGCAUAGAGAUGGACAGAGGUCAUAACAGCAUAGAGAUGGACAGAGGUCACAACAGCAUAGAGAUGGACAGAGGUCACAACAGCAUAGAGAUGGACAGAGGUCACAACAGCAUAGAGAUGGACAGAGGUCACAACAGCAUAGAGAUGGACAGAGGUCAUAACAGCAUAGAGAUGGACAGAGGUCAUAACAGCAUAGAGAUGGACAGAGGUCACAACAGCAUAGAGAUGGACAGAGGUCAUAACAGCAUAGAGAUGGACAGAGGUCACAACAGCAUAGAGAUGGACAGAGGUCAUAACAGCAUAGAGAUGGACAGAGGUCAUAACAGCAUAGAGAUGGACAGAGGUCAUAACAGCAUAGAGAUGGACAGAGGUCAUAACAGCAUAGAGAUGGACAGAGGUCAUAACAGCAUAGAGAUGGACAGAGGUCAUAACAGCAUAGAGAUGGACAGAGGUCAUAACAGCAUAGAGAUGGACAGAGGUCACAACAGCAUAGAGAUGGACAGAGGUCAUAACAGCAUAGAGAUGGACAGAGGUCACAACAGCAUAGAGAUGGACAGAGGUCACAACAGCAUAGAGAUGGACAGAGGUCAUAACAGCAUAGAGAUGGACAGAGGUCACAACAGCAUAGAGAUGGACAGAGGUCAUAACAGCAUAGAGAUGGACAGAGGUCACAACAGCAUAGAGAUGGACAGAGGUCACAACAGCAUAGAGAUGGACAGAGGUCAUAACAGCAUAGAGAUGGACAGAGGUCAUAACAGCAUAGAGAUGGACAGAGGUCAUAACAGCAUAGAGAUGGACAGAGGUCAUAACAGCAUAGAGAUGGACAGAGGUCAUAACAGCAUAGAGAUGGACAGAGGUCACAACAGCAUAGAGAUGGACAGAGGUCACAACAGCAUAGAGAUGGACAGAGGUCACAACAGCAUAGAGAUGGACAGAGGUCACAACAGCAUAGAGAUGGACAGAGGUCACAACAGCAUAGAGAUGGACAGAGGUCACAACAGCAUAGAGAUGGACAGAGGUCACAACAGCAUAGAGAUGGACAGAGGUCACAACAGCAUAGAGAUGGACAGAGGUCACAACAGCAUAGAGAUGGACAGAGGUCAUAACAGCAUAGAGAUGGACAGAGGUCACAACAGCAUAGAGAUGGACAGAGGUCACAACAGCAUAGAGAUGGACAGAGGUCACAACAGCAUAGAGAUGGACAGAGGUCACAACAGCAUAGAGAUGGACAGAGGUCACAACAGCAUAGAGAUGGACAGAGGUCACAACAGCAUAGAGAUGGACAGAGGUCACAACAGCAUAGAGAUGGACAGAGGUCAUAUCAGCAUAGAGAUGGACAGAGGUCAUAACAGCAUAGAGAUGGACAGACAUUACCAUUGAGGGCUUCCACCAAUUGAAUGUAAUCAACUGGGUGGGACUUCCAACCCUAUUGGCUGAGCCCUCCUGGUGACCCUGUUGGAGUCAUCAUGUCCAACCUGGUCAUCAGGAGGGUUCAGCCAAUCGUGAAGAUGAAAAUGGACUACUUCAAAAUGGAGAUAGCCUCAAUGGCGCUGCCCAUGCGUUUAACAGAGGCCAUAAUGGACUACUUCAAAAUGGAGAUAGCCUCAAUGGCGUUGCCCAUGCGUUUAACAGAGGCCAUAAUUAGAUGGAUAUAAGGUUACGACAUCUUUAUAUCUCUAUGGGUAACAGACAGAUUGAUGACUGGUACUUAGUGAUGUUCCUCUGAAAGGUCCUACCUGUCCAAUAGGGAAGCCUCAUAAGAACAUAGGCCAAAUGAUUGGUUGAACUAACACAUAAGGAGGUGCUGUCGGCAGAGCAAAAUGUUAUUGGAGACCGAGACGGAAGAGGAAGCCAGACAUCCCACUCCCUAAUUUCUUUCUGGUUCACAUUGGUGUCUUUGGGAGAAUCCCCACGUCUGAUUAAGCAGAACGGAACUGACCAUUAUUUUCAAUGGGAAACGGUCUGAGUGAAUUAUCUUGAUUUAUUCAUCAUCUUUGUUAGAAAUACAUGAACCACUGGUCUUCUGUAUUGCACGUAGAGAAUUAUAGCGGCCUCAAGAUGGAUUAAACCCAUUUGUGCAUGGAUAUUGCCAUUGAAAGCUUCCACCAUUUUGAAGUAGUCAACUGGGUGGGACUUCCUAUGGGUUAAGGAAGGAUCACAUGAUUCCAUCCAGGUCAUCAGGAUCAGACAAUGAAUUAUAGUCAGCCCAUGAGUAAUAGUCAACUGGGUGGGACUUCCUAUUGGUUAAGGAAGGAUCACAUGAUUCCAUCCAGGUCAUCAGGAUCAGCCAAUGAAUUAUACUGGUGAGGAAACAUUCCAUAACAGCAGGUGGCAGUAAAUCGCCAACCUUGGCCAACCUGUUCCAACAACACCCUCCAGGGGGCAGUGUGCACCCUUUCAGUUUGUUUACCAACUCAUAGAAGUAGUAGAAGAAGAAAAUGGACAACUUCAAAAUGGAGAUGGGUUCAUGGCGCUACCCAAAGCGCACCCAGACGCCCUAAUGGGACAGAUGCACAGAGGAGUCCUCUAAUCUCUAUGGCAGGGGUUCUUAAACUUUUUCAGCCUGGGACCCAAAUGAGAAAUUCUGUGUUUUCCUGGGACUCAAGCUUAUGAAAACAUCAGUACAUUUAAUUUCCCUUGUACCCAAAACAAAUACAAUAUAGACAAACAACGAUGAAAUUAAAUACCCAUAUAAAUAGCUAUUCAUGUUUAUUUCCUCCCAUUAAAAACACUCUUACAUGUCUGUCUAGGUUGGAACUGUUGCUGCUAAAAUACAACAAAUAAUUGUAAUUCUGAAUGGGAAUAAACUGAUUAAAGCAAGAUGCUUUUUGAGGCACACACACACACACACACACAGUCCUAAUGAGAGGUGUGUGACUGGUUGAAGCUUUUUUUAAACUUGUUUUUCAAGUACAACCGAGUUGAGAACCCUGACUCACACAGGUAUGUGGUACCAAACUGGACCAGAACAUCUACUGCUUUCUCAGUCAGGCAGUAGACCGCUUCCUGCUGUAGAGGAGCUACCCAGAACUGUGUGAGUGUUUUCCUCAAAAAUAAUCUAGCUUCAAUCAAUUUAUUCCAGUUCAGAACAAAACAUUAUUAACGUAUUUUAAGAGCAACAGUUCCCACCUAGACGUGUUUUCAACAGUCAUUUCUACAGUAAAAUGCACAGUAGGUCUGAUCAUGUUUCCUCUUCAAAUGUAUUGUUUUACUGACCUCGUAUUUUCCCGAGUUCCCAGUUGUUUUGAACGCGACAAAUGACUGACAGCGCUUCAUCUGCUUCAGAACGACAGUACUGCAGCCUGAGAGUCACGGAGGGAAGGAAACUGCCGAAACUCGCGCAGCUGCCAAACUGAGCAGAGAGUUUAAUUGCACUUGACCAAAUCAAUUCCAGUAAUUAAUCAAAAAAUAUAUUAAUUUACUCUCACACGUCGCGACCCACUACCCAUGCAUUAAAGAAAGGCCGCUCUAUGGUAUCACGUUAAGUGGCACUUUUUCACAGAGAUGUUUUGAGGACAUCAGGUGGUUUAGGACGCCAUCUAGUGGCUGCUUUUAGAAGUGCACGAGCCAAACGAGGCCCAGACGAGGCUCAGUUUGGCACAGACAAGACAGGUCAUAAAAACGUUGCCGUGGUUCACACAAAAAAAAAACAAUCCUUAAUUAUGUUGAGGUAAACUGCGCAGUCACGCUGUGCAACUGGGUAAAGUUAUUGGGGAGCCUUUGCAUGAGGAGUGUAAAUGAGGAGGCUACUGAGUAAAUUAUGAUCUGGGGUGUUAGCUAGCUAAACAAACCUUAGUUGGCUAGCAAUUAGUUUCUCUAAGUCUAUCAUGUUAGCCAGCCAACAGUUUGACAAGCCUUUGGUUAAAAAACCAGCCAGCAAAAGAUGUUGACCAGUUUGUAUCAACCGGGUCUCAUGCUGCUCUGAGAACAGACAUACAUAUAUAUACUGAGUCAUUUUGGGGUUGCUGUUCAAGCUAGCAAACAUCUUUAGCUUUUUUUAGUACUUGAUUACAAAUUCUCUUUCAAAUGAGAAAUUGUAUUAGUAUAAAAUAAUAAAAUGUUCCCAGUUUUUUGGGGGGGGCAUACAAUAUAGCUCAGUAGUUGUACUAUUUAUUUCAUACUGUCACACCCUGAUCUGUUUCACCUGUCUUUGUGUUUGUCUCCACCCCCCCUCCGGGUGUCGCCCAUCUUCUCCAUUAUCCCCUGUGUAUUUAUACCUGUGUUCUCUGUUUGUCCGUGUCCAGUUCGUUUUGUUAGGUCUUACCAGCAUGCUUUCCCGUCUUCCUGUUUCUCAAGUCCUGUUUCCUAGUUUUUCCUGGUUCUGACCUGCCUGCCUGCCUGCCGUCCUGUACCUGCCUGACUCUGACCUGAUCACGAACCUCCGCCUGUACUCCUCGACCUGUCCUUUACCUGCCCUGUGUUUAUAAUAAAUUAUCUGAGAACUGUG